CGUCGACGUUCAGGUGGUUUGUUCGCCUUUCCAAUUUUUCUUCAGAAAGUUGAUCACCAGGAUUCACGAACAGACGCAAAGUUAUGCCUAACGAUGCGUACAGGGCAUUUACCGAAGGUGCGCCCUCGCAAUCCCGCGCUGCCUCCACUCCGUCUCGAACGGGGGCUCACUGCUCACGACUACGUGAAAUUGCCGCCCGGAUACCGCGCCGCGGCAGGUUCCGAAGACGGACCUCCCUCAAUGACGACAGGAAGGCUCCAGCGUUCCAAGACCAGAACGGCCACUCGUCGUCGUCCUCUCCUUCGACGCCUCCCACGCGUGGUGGUUCCGUCGGCCGGGAGCUCUCUUCUGACGGCGAGUCCGCGCCAUUGUGCCCUGCCCAAGGUUACCUCUUGUUCGUCGAUUUGAGCUCAGAAGAUGAAGAAAGGCACCAAAGGACUGUUAUCAUCCCACCUGAGAACGUACUGCUGUCGUGCCCUCUCAGCCCAGAUGUGACGUGCUCUCCUGAGAAUAUCCCAGAAUGUUCUCGCAGCCCUCCUACUUCACCUGCCGGCUGUCUCAACAUUACGGCGAGCAGCGGACCCAUAUGCCGCAUUUGCCACGAGGGAGACCACACGGAAUCUCUGAUAUCCCUGUGCAAGUGCUCCGGUACGAUGGGCCUGCUGCACGCCUCGUGCCUGCAACAUUGGCUGAACGUCCGAAACGUGGACUACUGCGAACUUUGCCGCCACCGCUUUCCCACCGUAGCACAAGCCACCUGUGUGCGUCGAUUCUACCACUGGGCUCUGUACGGUGACUCGCAGCGGGCCCUGCUAGGAGACUUGUUCUGCUUCUCGCUCUUGACGCCGGUGGCCGCGCUCAGCUGCUUCUUGUGCGCCCACAACGCCUCUAAGCAAGCGCUGGAAGGCCGCAUUAUAGAGGCGGCCAGCCUGGUCACUCUAGCGGGUCUUUUGAUCACUGCAUACUUGGCCUGGUCGCUUCUGACGGCGCGCUUCCAUUACCGAGCAUUCGCUAUAUGGCGGGCGCGGAACCCUAUGCGCAGGGUUCUGGCGCCUGGCGAACUGCCCAGAAGGCCUGAAGGACAGCCUGCGGGCCCGCGGGAGUUGGUGGAUGUCGUGGCUGCAAGCGUCAACGAGGCAGAGCACACGACGCAGCAUCAUGGAGGAGGCUUGCGACUGCCAUCAGAACCUUCAGCGCAUGCUUUGCCGGAGGAGCCACUUUCUGUGCCGCAGCACUCUGUAUAUGCGCUUGAGCCCCUCACAGGUUUCUCUUACUGGUAGCAAUUUAGCUGGCACUUUUCUUCAGCUUUAUUUAUGUGUUUUUAGUGUUUGAGCUCCUUGAUGCCUAAAACAUUGUAAGUAAAUUAAACAUUUUUCGCUGAAUUUUAGCGCUGUAACUGUGCCUGCAGUUUUAUUUUUCACUUGACGCGUUUAUUCAAAUUAAAGUUGCCGUGCUUUUAUAAACAAU